AUGAGGUCCUCCAACUUGAUCCCCUAUAUUUUGCACCACCACUUUCGCCGACCUCCCAAGCCGUCCCGUCCUCCAGCCGUCAACUUUCACCACCAACCUCCCCUCCGCAGACACGUCAAACUAGGCCUCCGCUUUCCCAUUUGUCCAGCCCUUCUCGACCUCUUUGGCAUCUUUUGCCACCUGACUACCUUUAUCAUUCUUUUCAUUUGUUCCCCACUUUCUAUCCAAUAUCCCUUCCAAUGUCCCCAAAUAGAAGGGGAAAUUCAUUUUGUUCGACCUGAUAUUCCUUCCCAUGGGUCUCGACCCCUUGGCUCGAGGCCCUACCUUAUGAGACCCAAAAUCCUCCCCGCAAUCCUUUAUUCGACUGACGCUUCGCCUCUUAGAAUGCAAACCUAG